AUGACCCCCAAGACCGUCCUCAUCACUGGCAGCACUCGCGGCAUCGGCCUCGAGUUGGCCAAGCACUACACGACCGCUGGGUGGAACGUCAUUGGAGUCGCUCGCAGCGCCAACACAGCCGACAAGUUGAAGGCGCUGUCUCCAUUCAAGGUCGUGUCGUUCGACUGCACCGACGAGACGUCGAUUGCCCAGGCGGUGCAGGAGCUCAAGGGGGUCCCCAUUGACCUCCUGAUCAACAAUGCAGGCAUCUACAUGGCCGGCAGCCUGGAGACGACGACCAAGGACAUGUUCAUGCGGCAGUUCGAGGUGAACACGGUGGGCCCCUUCCUCGUGACGCGCACGCUGCUACCGAACCUCAAGCUCGGCGCCGAGAAGAACGGCAAGGACGGAGCUCUCGUGGUGACGGUGUCCUCGCAAAUGGGCAGUAUCGGGGGCGAAGCGUUCGCAGACAACUACAGCUACGGCGCGAGUAAGGCGGCAGUGAACAUGGUGAACUCGAGUCUGGCGGCUGACUUGAAGAAGGACAACAUCGCUGCGAUCGUUGUUCACCCCGGAUACGUGGUGACGGACCUGACUGGUGGACUGGGCGACGUCCGCACGGACGAGAGUGUGCGAGGGAUGACGAGUGUGAUCGAGAAGGUGACAAUGAAGGACACCGGCAAGUUCUACCACUUCAAGGGGCGCGAAAUGCCCUGGUAGAGCGGUGUAGAGCACGUCAGCAAGAUUAAAUUGGAAUAAAGCAGCACACACAUC